GAUUGCUUUAAUGAUUUCUCAGCCUGUAUAUACGCAUGCGGAACUGUUCUUAAUAAUCUACGAUAUUUCAGACCAGACCGGAAUUUGCGCUCAGAUGCAUUUUUUUUAAAGCUUUUCGGUUAAUAAAGUGUUAAAAAGCAGAAAUAUCUUUAAAACAUCUAGUUUCGUACUGUGGAUAAUCUACAAUAAUGAGUCAAUCUAAUGAUCAACCAGCUACAUCUAAUGCAGCUGACGAAGAGCGUCCAGAUACACCGGAGCAGGCUGACUCAGCGCAGCCAAAAUCCCCUGCUGAUGAGCAACCACCUGUGAAAAUGGAAGAUGUAAUCACCAUCGAUCCUGAAACGACGGACGUUGAUUUAAAUCAUGGGCGUAUCGGCAAAAUAGAAAACUUAGAACCCUUGGUGAAAUUAGAAAGGAAAGCAUUGUACUUACGAUGGAAUUUAAUAAAAAAGAUAGAAAAUUUGGAUCAUCUAACAAACCUGCAAGAACUGGAACUAUAUGAUAACCAGAUUGAGGAAUUGGAGAACCUAGAGAACUUGACCUCACUCGAGAUUCUUGAUGUCAGUUUUAAUCGUUUGCAUAAGAUUAAAAGUCUGGACCAGUUGACACAACUUCAUAAGCUCUAUUUGUGCGCCAACAAAAUUUCAAUUAUAGAAAACCUUGAUGCGUUAACUAAUUUAACUAUGCUAGAAUUGGGCGACAAUCGAAUCAGAAAAAUUCAAAACCUUGACGUUUUGGUCAACCUAACACAUCUUUAUUUGGGAAAAAACAAAAUCUGCAAAAUAGAAAACUUGGACAAAUUGGUCAAAUUGGAGUGCCUUAGUUUGCAAAGCAAUCGGAUUGUUAAACUGGAGAAUCUGGACAAUUUGCGCAAUCUCACUGAGCUAUACGUUUCGGAAAACGGUAUUGAAAAACUGGAGAAUCUGGAAAACAACACACUGAUUGAAACACUGGAUGUGGCUAAAAAUCGCAUCAAAGUGAUAGAGAAUGUGGCACAUCUGGGAAACCUGGAAGAGUUUUGGCUAAACGAUAACAGUGUAUCUGAUUGGAACUGUGUUAAGGUCUUAACAGAUAAUAAAAAGUUGGAAACAGUGUACCUCGAGCGGAACCCAAUAGCUUCGGAUAUAGCGUACCGGAACAAGCUCAAACUAGCCGUUCCUUGGCUGAAAAAGAUAGAUGCAACUUUGUGUCGUUAAUUUUACUGUUGCAAUAAUAUACUAAUGUUGAUAAAAAUUGCAUAUUACGGGAUUUUGUUCAUCGUCUUUGAUGAUUACCGAUUUGAAUAGAUUUGAAAAUGAUAGCAUUUAGUGUAAUUAUGAUAUUUCGAUCACUGUAACCUGUGGCACUAGCGAAAUAUAACCAGUCUAAUUUGGAAAAAAUUUAAAUUUUGCUCUUUUUGUAACGGAAUGUUUUAAUUCAUUCCGUUUUUUUGUUUAACUAGUAAACGCUUUCUGCGUUAAUUUAAGUUUUUUAACUUUAAUGAGUACCAACCUGAACUAAAUUAGAGCUAAUACAGAAAAUGGUUAUGUUCGUUACAAGAAAAGCUACAACUUCUGAAGAUUACAUAAAUUUUACUGAUGACUAUUUCUUAUGUAUUAGUUUUCUAAAAUUAAAAUUAAUAAUAUACAGCCAUUGCAUGCCGAAGCACCUCUUUUUCACCAAAUAAAACGCUUUGUGAUAUCAAAUG